AUGGGUCUCGAAGCAAACAAUAUCCCCAUAUUCAUGUCAGAACUGAGCCCUCCAGCUAUUCGAGGAUCCUUGAUCAACUUUUAUCAGUGGUGGCAAAUCGUCGGGGUUAUAUUAGCACACAUUGUUGUUCUGCAAUCCAACAAAAUCUGGCCAGACAGCCAAUGGGGUUGGCGACUCGUCAUGGUCGUGCAGAUCAUUGUUCCCUGCCUCCUGCUAGGCAUUUACUGGAUUCUCCCCGAAUCCCCCAAGUGGCUCAUUUCCAAGGGUCGUCAUGAUGAUGCUAAGAAGUCGCUCAUGUACAUCCGACGGGGUGCCGCAACGGAGGCCGAAGUCGAUGAAGAGAUGAAAUUGACUGAGGCUGCUGUUGCAGAACAAGAAGAGUUUCAUCACGUCACUACAUACUGGGACUGCUUCAAGGGGACAAACGGCCGAAGGACCCUGAUAGCCACCAGCGUUCAGGUCCUGCAACAACUGUCUGGUAAUGCCUUCAUGAGCUCAUACGCGGUCAUAUUUCUGCAGCAAGCUGGAAUCACCAACGUGUUCGUAUCAUCGCUUGCUAGAACAUGUAUGGGUCUAGCUGGCGCCACAAUGGGUUUCUAUCUCCCCGACAAAAUCGGCCGCCGGCCCCUCUUCAUUGGAACUGCUGCUGUCAUGUGGGCUGGACUCUGGAUCACAUCUGGCAUCUCGGCCUGGUGGCCCGGCGGUAUUCAUGGAGGUGCUGUUGCCCAGGGCCUGCUGGCUCUCCAACUUAUCUGGGCAAUGAUGUCUACUGCGGGUUGGGGUUCUUGCGUCUGGAUUACUACGGCCGAAGCUGCCACCGCUCAACUGCGAGAAAAGACUCUUAGUAUUGCAACAACUAUUAGUUUUAUCUGUGUGCUCCUGGUUAGCUACAUCAACCCGUUUGUCCAGAAUGAACCCGGUAAUCUUGGAGCUAAGGUGGGGUUCAUCUAUGGCAGUUUCUCCCUCAUUGCCGUUUUCUGGGUCUUCUUCAUCGUACCUGAGAUGAAAGGACGCAGUUUGGAAGAACUGGACGAACUGUUCCAAAACAAUGUCCCUGCCCGCAGCUUCCGCUCAUAUCAUGCAACCGGCAUUGGUGCUCAGAUUACAGAGAUCUCAAACAUCAAUGCGGAUCCUCACUUGCAUAUCACCAAAGGCGUCACGCAGGGUGGCCUAGAAGUCACCACUCACGAGGCAUGGCCGGAACCAGAGGGCCGAUCCAAAGAUAAUAAGCCUUAA